AUGGGGUUCGAGUACCGGGUCUUCUACAAGCCCGCGUCCGCCGGGGAGCUGAAGCGCCGCGACCUGAGCGCGCUCGCCAAGUCCGGCGCGCACUACGUCCCGCACGAGUCGCUGAAAGACGCGAGCGCGUCCGACGAGAAGAUUUCCUUCCUCCCGCUCCACGACGACGCGACGCUGACGCUCCCGACGCACGACGCGAACGGCGCGGUGUCCGUGCGAGUCGUCGCGAGCAAAGACGGCAACAACCCGGGUCUCUGCGACCUGAGCGCGCCGCUCGUCGCGGACGACGUCAAGGCUGCCGAGGCGGUCCUCGCCAGAGCCGGGUUCAACGUCAACACGCACAAGAUCAAGAAGUCCGUGCUCGUCACCGCGGAGGGGCCGCGCGUCGCCUCGAAAGUCGGCGCGGGCGCGAAAUCGAUCGAACUGGAGAUGCACACGAUGACCGUGCGCGUGGACAAGGCGAAGAUGGGGCGGGGACUCGCGGGGAGCCUGACGGAGAGCUGGGUCACCGUCGUCGCGAAGGGCGCGAAGAAGAGCGCCGUCGCCGACGCGAGGCGGACGCUGCAAGAGUCGUGCCAGGCCCUCGCCGCGAGCGGGACCUUCGCGGAGUGCGGGUACGGAAAGUUCGUGAAGGAUAUAUCCGCGAGGGUGACGCCAGCAGCGCCGGUGCAAACAGCGUCGACGGAGAAGGCGAAGGCGAAGGAGAAGAUCGUCGCGACGCCGCCGACGUCGGGGAAGAAACGCGGCAGGCCGCCGAAGGCGUCGGGCCCCGCCGCGGAGAAACGCGCGAAGGGCGGCGACGGCGGCUUCGGCGCCGCGGCGAGAGGCAUCGCGAAUUCGGUGCAGGGCGCGAUUCGCGGCAUCAUGCUCGCCGCCGCGAGCCCGGGACCGAGCGGGAAGUUGCGCGCGGACUCGGACGACGACGUCCCGAUAAGUCGGAUGGUCGUGAAGUCGCCGGCGAAGAAGCGCGGGCGCCCGCCGAAGGCGCCGCCCGCGACGAGUCCGCCGCCGUCCGUCGUCGUCGUCACCGCGGAGGACGAUGACGUCCCUCUGUCGAAGUUGUUGCCACCGAAGCGAAAACCGGGAAGGCCGCCCGGGGCGAAGAACAAGGCGACGAAGGUCGCGGCGGACGCCGCCGCCGCGGGAACGCCGAAGCGCGGUCGGGGACGCCCCCCUAAGGCGACUGCGACGCCGGCGACGACGACGCCGACGCCGGCGAAGCGCGGCCGCGGCCGCCCGCCCGGCAGCGCGAACAAGGCCGCGGCGGCGACGCCGGCGACGACGGCCGGGAAGAAUCCUCGCGGACGGCCUCCGAAGACGCCCGCGGCGGUGGGCCCCGAGGACGACGACGUCCCGAUCGGGCAGCUCGCCGCGAAGGUGACGUCCACGCAGAAGAAGCGAGGCCGCCCGCCGAAGUCCGCGGCGCUCGCGGUGGUGCAGACGACGCCGAUGAAGAAAAAGCGCGGGCGCCCGCCAAAGUCCGCGACGAAGCCGCCGCCGUCCGUCGUCGUCGUCACCGCGGAGGACGAUGACGUCCCUCUGUCGAAGUUGUUGCCGCCGAAAAAGAAACCGGGAAGGCCGCCAGGGGCGAAGAACAAGGCGACGAAGGUCGCGGCGGAGGCUGCCGCCGCGGGAACGCCGAAGCGCGGUCGGGGACGCCCCCCUAAGGCGGCUGCGACGACGACGCCGGCGACGACGACGCCGACGCCGGCGAAGCGCGGCCGCGGCCGCCCGCCCGGCAGCGCGAACAAAGCCGCGGCGGCGACGCCGGCGACGACGGCCGGGAAGAAGCCUCGCGGACGGCCUCCGAAGACGCCGAAGACGCCCGCGGCGGUGGGCCCCGAGGAUGAUGACGUACCGCUCGGGCAGCUCGCCGCGAAGGUGACGUCCACGCAGAAGAAACGAGGCCGCCCGCCCGGGUCGAAGAAUAAGGCGACGGCGGCGGCGGCGGCGAAAUCUCCGAGAGCGGCGCCGAAGGUGUCGACGCCGACGGCUGCGAUGAAGCUCCUCGGUCGGCCGAAGCCGAAAGCCCCGGGGGCGGCGAGCGCGCUGUCGCCGGUCGAGGGGAAGCGGCCGCGCGGGCGGCCGCCGGGAUCCGGGUCGAAGGGGGCGGCGAAGACGCCGACCCCGUCGACGGGUGGAAAAAAACGAGGACGCAAGCCGAAGGGAUCGUUGAGGGACUAG